CCGUCAGUCCCUGCGGGGGGGGGGGAAGAUGGCGGCGUCCAGGUAGAGGUCUUGAGGAAACCUGCUUGGAAUGGCGUUGGCGUCUGGGCCUGCAAAGCGGGCAUUAGUUGACUGUGGGCGGCUCGGCCCUGGGGGCUGCAGGAUCCCGAGACGAGGGGCAUACGAAUGGGGUGUGCGCUCUACGAGGAAGCCUGAGCCUCCCCCCCUGGACAGGGUAUAUGAGAUCCCCGGACUGGAGCCCAUCACCUACGCUGGGAAGAUGCACUUCAUGCCUGGGUUGGCGCGGCCGGUCUUUCCGCCUUGGGACCGCGGUUGGAAGCACCCAAGAUUCCACCGCUCUCUCCCGAUCCACGAGCAGCCGCUGUACAAGGAACAGCCUUGCUAUAUCUUUCACCAGCGUAUCCGUCUCCUCGAGGGAGUGAAACAGGCUCUCUGGCUUACCAAGACCAAGUUAAUAGAAGGCCUUCCUCAGAAAGUUCUCAGCCUUGUUGACGACCCUCAGAACCACGUAGAGAACCAAGAUGAGCGUGUUCUGAACAUUAUCUCUCACGCCCGUCUCUGGCACUCCACAGAGGACAUUCCCAAGAGGGAGGUGUACUGCCCACUCAUUGUGGAAAGCCUGAUACAGCUGUGUAAAUCCCAGAUUCUCAAGCACCCUUCUCUGACCAGGCGGAUUUGUGCCAAAAACUACUCGUUAUCUGCCACAUGGAGUCGAGAGUCUGUUCUCCUUCAGGUCCGUGGUACUAGUGGCACCCGACUGAGUGCCAAGGAUCCUCUGACCCCCAUUGCCUCCAGAGAGGAAGUUGAAGCCACUCGGAAUCAUGUUCUGGAGACCUUCUAUCCCAUUUCCCCCACGAUUGAUCUUCAGGAAUGCAAUGUGUAUGAUGUGAAGGAUGAUACCGGGUUCCAGGAAGGCUAUCCCUACCCCUAUCCCCACACCCUGUAUUUCCUGGAGAAAGCCAACUUGCAGCCACACCGCUUUCGUCCUGAGCAGCUGCGGGCCAAGAUGAUCCUGUUUGCUUUUGGCAAUGCCCUGGCACAGGCGCGGCGCCUCUAUGGGAACCACAACAAGGUCUUGGAGCAGCCAGUGGUUGUGCAGAGUGUGGGCACGGAUGGACGCAUCUUCCAGUUCCUGGUGCUGCAGUUGAACACCACAGAUCUGGCCUCAAAUGAGGGUGUCAAGAACUUGGUCUGGGUGGACUCGGACCAGCUCCUCUAUCAGCACUUCUGGUGUCUCCCGGUGAUCAAAAAGAAGGUGGUGGUGGAGCCAGUUGGGCCUGUCGAUUUCCAGCCAGAGACCUUCAGGAAGUUCUUAGCCCUGUAUCUGCACGGUGCUGCAUGAGCAAGGACAUCCUGAGCCCUGAUGCUUCUCCCUCUGAGGAGCCUACAUCCUAGGCAGUGCCCAGGCCCUCUGCACCCACUUGGCCUGGUGCUUUCCCUGGCAAUAAAGAGCCCUUGGCUGCACUGGA